AUUUGCUUGGUUUAAAAAUGAAGCAGAAGAGUGUAACCAAAAAAAAAAAAAUGAAGCAGAAGAGGCAGUAGAAGAAGAGCCAGAACUGAAAAAGCGAAUCCACCACCGCCACCAACCACCCACCCCAAAAUGAAUUCCGACUCCGUGUUCUCGACGCUUCCGGACGACGUCGUCCUGAACUUGUUCUCCAAGCUGGAGGACGACCCUCGAAACUGGGCCCGCCUCGCCUGCGCCUGCACAAAAUUCGCCUCCCUCAUUCGCAACGUCUGCUGGAAGACCAAGUGCCGCAACGUCCUCCCCUCCGAUCUCGUCUCCGCCGCCUCCUCCUCCGAGCCCCCCGGCGGCUGGUCCUCCCUCCACAAGCUGGCCGUCUGCUGCCCCGGCCUCCUCCACUCCGGCGUCCUCUUCGAGAAUUCCGAUUUCGGCCUCGAACGCGAGCUCGGCCCCGACGAAAGUUACCGCCCCCAAUCGCAAUCGCAAUCGGAGCCCUCCUCCUCCUCCUCCAGCCAAAUUCACCAACCGCCGCCGCCGGCUUCCGAUUGCGCUUGGUCUCUCUACGACGAUCUCUAUUUCGAUACGGUUUACGACGAGUCCGAAUCGGAUGCUGCUGUUGCUGCCCCCGAGAACGAGAACGAGAACGGCGGCGUUUCAGUGGGCGGUGAGUUUCGAAUUCAAAAAAGGCGAAAGAUCUGCAGGUCGAUGAGGUCGCAUCUGGCUUCCGGGGUGUGGAAUCUGAGCCGAGAGCAAGGCAACAAGCUUCUCCACAGCCGGUUUCGCGGCGAUUGCCUCUACAUCUGUGACUGGCCUGGGUGUGUUCACAUCGAAGAGAAGCGGAAUUACAUGCUUUUCAGAGGGGUUUUCAAGGACUUCAAAGGCUCUCAAGUGUGGAGGAACAUCAAGGAUGCCAAGAGGACCAAAGUCGACCUCAAUUGCGCCUACUGCGCCUGCAAGCAGACUUGGGAUUUGCAUUCCGCCUUCUGCUUGAGACGCGGUUUCGGCUACCAUGACGAUGGCGAACCCGUUGUCAGGGCUUAUGUGUGCGACAAUGGACAUGUCUCCGGGGCCUGGACCGACUUGCCAUUGUAUGCCUAGUGGAAGGAAACCUGACUGCCCCUUUUGUUUCAAUCUCAGUUUUCCAUUUUAGAGCAUUGUGUCUUUCUUGUUUGUUAUUUUCGUUUUCGUUUCCGUUUCCGUUUCGUUCCAAUAAGAGUGUGGUGAUUUGCGUUUGUUCAUCUUACAUUUGUGUAGGAUAGGAUGCAGAGAAAUUUGGCAGUGUUUAUUCUUAAUAGAUUUGAAUUCAAUUA